CAUAUCUGGACUUUGUGCAAUGUCGCACUGCUUUCCAUUUCCACCACGAGGAUAUACAAACAACGGAUAUGAAAAGAAGGCUACAACAGAGGACGUGGAAUUACUGACAAAGAGUUGGGCAGCAUUGGUGGAGAAAGUUAGAUUGGUGCUCAAUGAGUAUCCACAACUCAGGCUAACCCAAGGGAGAAAAGUGCUAGAGAUCUGUGUAACCAUCAAAUGGGACAAGGGCAAGGCUCUUGAAUUUUUGUUAGAAUCAUUAGGGUACGAGAAUUCGAAUGAUGUAUUUCCAAUCUAUAUUGGUGAUGAUCGAACUGAUGAGGAUGCUUUUAGGGUAACAAAUGCGGCCACGCCUAGUUAGUUAGUUAGAGGUGUU